AUGGAUGAAAAUGUUGAUUAUGAUACUCAUAGGGAAUUGGUUAGAGAUUAUGAGAAAAGGGAAAAAAAUAAUACAGUCUUAGAUCCAUCUUUAUUAAAAGGUUUCAAAGGUGCUAUAUUAAUUGAAUUUUUUGAUAUUUCAACAUUAUUAAGGAAAUUUGAUCGUCAUUUAUUAUUAAACUAUCCUAUUGAACUUUUUUGGCAUACUAGAACAAGACUCAGAUAUUUCAAAAUUUUCACUAGAAUGUUUGAAACUUCAGGUGAUAGAUUAAAAAAAAUCAAUCUACUUUUUGAAACUGGAAAAGAACCUAAUAAUAGAUUGGAUCAACAUUAUGCAGUAUCAAACAUUCCACAGGGUAUACCUUCCAAUAUAUUACAUAUCCCAGUUGUUGAAACACUUCAUCUUGAUAAACUUGAAGGUUAUUCAAUCCCAGAUAUUAAAACGAGCUUGCCUGAUUUAGAAACAAUCCAGAUUGUUUUUGAUGAUCAACUUUAUCAUGAUCGUGAACUUGAGCUCAAAGAUGAAUAUUAUGAACCUACUACCAUAUUAGGCUGUUUGGAACAUCGUAAUGAAAAAUCUAAAUUAGAUGAAUUUUUUAAAACCAGUAAAGGGGAAUCCAUAGAUUUUUUGAAGAAUUUCCAAUUAAAAUAUUUCCAUAAUAAAAAAUCUAAAUUAUUUGAUAAUUUACAACUAUCAAAUCUUGCAAGUUUGUUUAUUGACUCUUCGACCAUUCAUUCAAUCAAAAAUUUGGAUUUACCAAAUCUUAAGAUCUUAAAUAUUAAGAAAUCUGCAAUUUAUGAAAUUUCAAAUUUGGAAUUAAAUUCAUUAACAGGUCUUACAAUAGACCUUUCAUCACCUCAUUAUACUUUAGAAAAUGAGCAAAUGAGGCAAAUUAAUGUAACAGUUCAAAAUAUAAAAUCAUCAACCUUGCAAGACUUCAACCUUACUAGCUCAUUUAAAAUUAAGAAAAUCUCCAACUUGGAGUUCCCAUCUUUAACUUUUUUGGAAAUUCAUUCCACUACAUUUUCUUAUUCACAUUUAGAUAAAUUUGGUAAUAUCUUAAAACCUUGUGAUAAACUUGAAGCAAUUAUCCUCACCAACACCAUAGAAAUUCUAAAAUUUCAAAUGACAUUUCCAAACGUUAUUACUCUUUCAAUUACAAAUACUAAUGAACUUGGUGAAUUUGAUAUUAUUAAUAUUGACUCAUCAUUCCCUCAAUUAGAAGAUAUAAUUAUAGAGGGCAUACCAGUUGAUAAUUUAUAUCCAUUGUUUAACAGCACUUCAACUUUGCAAACAAUAUAUAUCUCAUCAUGUCCAAAUUUUAAUGUUGCCAAAAUUGGACCACAAAAUUCAUUAGGUUCUCUAAUGUUAAAAAAUAUGAAAUCAAUAACUGGGUUUAAUGGGAUUUGUUUACCCGUAUUAACAGAAUUAAUAUUGGAAACCAGUGGGGAAAAUCAUCUCAUCAUAGAAAAUUGUUCAUUCCAAAUUUUAAAAACAUUGAUGAUUGAUACAAAAGUUAUUUUCUAUAUGACUUAUGAAGAAUCAUUAACAUUCUUAAAUAAUGAAAUUCCACAACUUCAAAAGUUAAUCAUAUCAGGUUAUAAAAUAACAAACCAUUUUUCAACAACCCCAUAUCCUUUAUUAGAACAUCUCAAAAUUGAUAGACUCAAAUCCAUAGAAAUUUCACCAAGUGCAUCCCUAAAGUCAAUAAACCUUUCCCAAAACUGCACCACAAUGAAUAUAAACAAGAGUAAUGAACUACCUAAUCUACAAGAAUAUAAAGAACCUAAGAAGAAUGAAAUUUUGGAAACCGUAACUAAGAGAAGAAAAGUUGAUCAAGAAGAUUUUGCUAAUUUACUUAAUUAUGUGAAAAAUGAGAAGGGUGUUGAUUUGUUUCAAUUUUUACCAAAUUUCAAUAUGGAUGGAUGA